AUGGGCUGGCUCAGACUCAAUAUCUUGCCCAGUCCGGCCAAAUCCGCCGCUCCCACUCCGAAAGCAGUCGAUUCAGCCGACAACGACACUGAGAUCUACGGCGCCACUUCACCGUUAGACUACCCCCGACAGCCCGAGGAUGUGGCCACCGAAUCACUGCCUAUCAUCCGCGCGGAAGUGGUCGCCAGCACGCAACGAAAAGGGGACCUAGUGUGGAUAGUGGUGGACGAGAUUGUGUACGACUGCACGGAGUUCUUGCACGAGCACCCUGGCGGCAACACUGUGAUUGAGAGUUUUCGAGGCCAGGACUGCACGUGGCAAUUCUGGCGCUUCCACAAUCAGAAGCAUCUGCGGGAGUUCGGCCAGCCUUUGCGCGUUGGCCGAACCUCGGGCGUAUGCAAUCGCUUUCCGGAGCCUGUCAAGUUUGUGGGCCUUAGAAGACCUGGACUCGCCGAUGAAUGGUAA